AUGGAAGUGAGCGUGGAGUCGAGGGCACGAGAACGAAGCUUCGGGAAGGUGGUGAAUGUGAAUGACAGAGAUGAAGAGCUCGCUUUGUUUCUCGAGAUGCGAAGGCGCGAGAAGGACAAGGAAAAAAAUACCAACUUUCUCCGCCUUCCUAACAAGAACGCUGAUGAGCUCGAUGCCAUUGCUGCGCCUCUUGAUUUUGAUAACCGUGGAGGUUCAGAGGUUUCUAGGAUUGUUGGACCUGUGGCGCCGCAGAGAAAGAGCCGAGUGGAUGAGUUUUUGAAUUCGGAGAAUGAGAAAUCUGAUUACGAUUGGCUUCUUACUCCCCCUGCUACCCCACUUUUUCCAUCCUUAGAUUCGGAAGCACUGAAAACUGCGAUCAGUCAUACUGAGGUUCCUAAUGACCAUGCAUCCGCUCCGAAAUCUAGGCUAGCAAACAUCAAACCAGAACCUACUUCAAGGGGCAAUGUAGCAUCUAAGCAUCCAACAUUGACAUCUGGUCUGAAUUCUUCCAGUAUUGGUAACAGAAGGCCCUCAUCAUCUGGAGGGCCAGCAGCUGCUCCUCGUAGAUCUGCAACACCAACUGGACGGUCCUCAUUACCUUCAUCAACCAAGCCCUCAAGAUCCUCUACCCCAAAUUCACGAGCCACCUUAUCAUCCGUUAAGCCCAUGGCUCCUACAGUGAGGUCUUCAACUCCUUCUAGGUCCAUUGCUCGUUCUUCUACACCAACUGCCAGACCUUCUGUACCAGCUUCCAAGUCAACAUCAAGAUCAGCAACACCAACCCAUCGACCAAGUUCAUCAAUUGCACCUACCCUAUCUACUCCUCCUGGUCGAUCUUCUUCAGCAACAAAGCCACGUCCCACAAGUUCAAAAAAUCCCGUGCCAUCACGUGGAAGUUCCCCAACAGUAAAACCUAGGCCUGUGAAAUCAUCUGAGAUGCCUGGUUUCUCACUUGAUGCUCCACUAAAUUUAAGAACAUCACUGCCACAAAGGCCGGCUUCAGCCUCUAGGGAUCGGCCUGGAGCACCAAGUUUUAGGUCAUCGUCUGUUAUAGCUGGUAAUUCUAAUGGAAAACCAAGACAGCCAUCACCUUCUAGUGGACGGGCUUCAUAUGGUAGUGCCACUGCUAAUGGGAACUCUCAUCGAGUCAUAAGCAGACCAUCUUCCAAUGACAGUGAUGAUGUAAACCCUGUACUUAUUGGAACACAAAUGGUUGAGAGAGUAGUAAACUCGAGGAAACUGGCACCACCUAAGCAAUAUGACCACCACACUACUCAGAACAAUUCUGCUGGGAAGUCUCUGUCCUCUGAAAGCUCUGGCUUUGGAAGAAACCUUUCAAAGAAGUCCUUUGAUAUGGCUAUGAGGCACAUGGAUAUAAGGAGAAGUGUGACAGGUAAUCUUCGGCCAGUUUUGACGAAUGUUCCGGCUUCCUCUGUGUACAGCGUCAGAACGAGACCAGCAAAAAGCAAAACUACUAGUGCUACGGACUCUCCUCUUGCUACAUGCAGCAAUGCCAGCUCCGAACCAAGUGUCAACAAUAUUCCUGUUAGUUUAGAGGGGUGUGAAAUUGAAGAUGUUGAUCUUGGAAGUGAGGGAGAAAACUCCUCCCCCGCAAGCCACCAAGGUAGGUGA